AUAGCAGGCACUUCUACUUUACAGCUUCAGGGCGUGCAAAGGCACGGGACGAAAGCUACGGCGUGCAUCAAAAGCGCGGAAGAUGUCAGACCAAGACCGUCUACGGCGCGUCGUAGCCAGGCUACAAAAUCUGACCUCUAUCUCUCUGCCGACUGAUUACCCGAGGCCUUCUGGUCCGCAAAAAGUUGUAGAGGCCGCUCAUGUUGCAGAGCUUUCCGAAUCCACAUCUCGUAGCUUGCUGAAACUUGCCCUGUACAGCGAAAACGGAAAUGACGAAGACGAAGAUGCCGAGGAAAAUGCUGCUCAGAGGCCGUCUCCCUUCCACCUUCUUCUGGCGGCAUUCAGUGUCCUGCUGCACCGUUACACUGGCGACACCGAUCUGGUAAUCGGAUCGUCUUCGGCAUCUUCGAGUGAACCUCUGGUAUUAAGGCUCGGCGUGGAUCCGACGGACCCAUUCUGGGCUGUUGUACAGAAGGUCCAAUUGGUGGAGAAGGAGGCAGAAGCCGACGUCUUACCGUACGAAACCAUACUUCAAGCGCUGGGCAGGGAGAAAGAGGAAAAUGCUGAGGGCGCACGACCGCUAUUCCGGGUACGAUUCUUUGACGAAACUGACGAACCGAAAGAGAACUUCAUCCGAUCCACCAGCUUAACGUCUGACCUCACCGUCUUCAUCACCCGUCCCCCUGCUUCCAGCCAUGCCUCCAUCGCGCCGCGUAUCUCCCUCCGCCUUGUAUAUAACUCACUGUUAUUCACAUCUCUGAGGAUCUCCUUUAUAGUGGACCAGCUAUCUGUUCUGCUACGCAAGGUCGCUUCGAAUCCUCUGUCUCCUGUGGGCUCCGUGAGCCUGCUGACACCGGCCCAGCGUGAGCGACUGCCGGACCCGACAGCCGAUCUCCACUGGUGUGACUUCAAAGGCGCGAUCACAGAUGUAUUCUCCCGCAACGCUAUCAAGUGGCCCGAGCGCCCUUGUGUGAUCCAGAGUUACCCCUCAGCAACCCUGGGUGCACCUCAGGAAAAGCGCGUAUAUACUUACGGUGCCAUCCGCCGAGCCUCCAACAUCUUGGCGCAUCAUUUGCUCCAGGGUGGCAUCCAGCGGGAGGAAGUCGUCAUGGUCUACGCGUACCGGAGCGUCGAGCUUGUGGUAGCUGUAAUGGCUGUUUUAAAAGCCGGUGCGACGUUCUCCGUUAUCGAUCCGGCUUAUCCACCUUCGAGGCAGACGAUAUACCUAAAGGUUUCCCAGCCUCGAGGAUUGGUCGUCCUCAAGGGAGCCGGAAGAAUCAGCCCAACAGUUCGUGAAUUCAUGUCCAACGAAUUGCAGUUACGCGUCGAAGUUCCCGCUCUGGAUCUUCUACCCAAUGGCGACAUUUCUGGAGGUUCCAACGGUGUUGAAGCGGAUGUAUUGGCGACUUCUGCUCACCUUGGUGACAGUGACCCCGGAAUUGUCUUGGGCCCCGAUAGCGUCGGUACUUUAUCGUUCACGAGCGGGAGUACUGGUAUUCCUAAAGGUGUCAAGGGCAGACACUAUAGCCUGACCCAUUUCUUCCCGUGGAUGGGCGAGCGAUUCGGGAUUGGGGAACAUUCCAAGUUUACCAUGCUCAGCGGUAUCGCUCACGAUCCGAUUCAACGUGAUAUGUUUACGCCGCUGUUCUUUGGUGCUCAGCUACAUGUACCCACUGCGGAUGACAUUGGUACCCCGGGUCGGCUGGCAGAGUGGAUGGCGGAUAGCGAAGUUUCGGUGACACAUCUUACCCCGGCCAUGGGUCAACUGUUGUCUGCCCAAGCCAGCCGCCAGAUCCCAUCUCUGCGCAGCGCCUUCUUCGUCGGAGACGUCCUGACCAAGAGAGACUGUUCAAGACUGCAGGCUCUGGCGAAGAACGUCUGCAUCAUUAACAUGUACGGCACCACCGAGACUCAACGGGCCGUGUCCUACUUUGCGAUCCCGAGUGUCACGGAAGAUCCUACCUUCCUGGCUACGCAGAAAGAUAUCAUGCCGGCUGGUGAAGGGAUGAUCGACGUCCAGCUCCUCGUCGUGAACAGGAACGACAGGAACGUGCCGUGCGCUAUUGGAGAAGUGGGAGAGAUCUACGUCCGCUCUGGCGGGCUGGCCGAGGGAUACUCAGAUCCCGAGGCCACCGCCGAGAAGUUCGUCACAAACUGGUUCUCGGAGUCGCAUCCGGGGUGGCGAGACACGAUUUUGCAUCCCGAGGACGGCUCGCCCGGGCCAGAGGCUGCAUUCUGGAAGGGCAUACGGGAUCGUAUGUAUCGCUCCGGUGAUCUUGGCCGUUACAUGCCCGACGGCAUCGUGGAGUGUACUGGCCGGGCGGACGACCAGGUCAAGAUUCGCGGGUUCAGGAUCGAGCUAGGUGAGAUUGAUACGCACCUCAGCCAGCAUCCUCUGGUGAGGGAGAACGUCACCCUUGUGCGGAGGGACAAGGACGAAGAGAAGAUCCUUGUUAGCUAUUUCGUCCCGCUGGAUGUUCCUGCUCUGGACGAAUUUGAGAGCGAUAUACCGGACGGUGAAGACGACAAGGGUCUUGUCAAGGGGAUGCGGCGAUACAGGCGACUAAUCAAGGAUAUUCGGGAGCAUCUCAAGAAGAAGCUACCGAGUUAUAGCGUGCCAACUUUGUUCGUACCCCUGAAACGGAUGCCGUUGAAUCCCAACGGUAAAAUCGACAAGCCUGCGCUUCCGUUCCCUGACACCGCGCAAGCCGCUUCCGCAGAGCGGCCUCGUGAGGAUGGGAUAGGCGAGAAGGCUAGCUCUACAGAAGAGGCCAUACGGGCGAUAUGGGCGAAGAUAUUACCCAAUGCACCGAGUCCAGUCCCCUUGGACGAGAGUUUCUUCGAUUUGGGCGGCCACUCUAUUCUCGCAACACGUUUGAUCUUUGAGAUUCGCAAGACCUUCGCUAUCGAUGCGCCGCUAGGACUGGUCUUCGAUAAACCGACCAUCGGAGAACUUGCAGCGGAGGUCGACACUCUCCGCAAUGCUGAUCUGGGCCUAGCGGGUGAGAAGUCAGAGGACUCCCGCGCUGCGAAGGUCACACCUAAAGCGGCCGUCGUGUACGGAGAGGACUAUGAGAAGCUGACGACGCAGCUACCCCCGUCUUACCGAUCAUUGCCCUCAGACUUCGGCAGUCGCCCUUUGACUGUUUUCUUAACCGGCGCGACGGGUUUCCUCGGCGCCUUUGUUCUUCGCGAUCUUCUACAGCGAGCGGAAAGAGUGAAGAAGGUUAUCUCCCUUGUUCGUGCCUCGUCAUCUGCGAAGGCUCUCGACAGGCUGCGGGAAUCCGUCUCUGAUCGUGGCGUUUGGGAUGAGGAAUGGAUCAAGACGGGGCGUCUCGAGGUAGUGACUGGUGACCUCAGCUUUGACCAUCUGGGCCUUGGGGAUGAUGCGUGGAAUCGCAUCGCAAGUGAAGCCGAUGUCAUCCUGCAUAAUGGUGCACUGGUGCACUGGGUGUAUCCGUAUGACAAACUACGCUCAGCCAACGUCAUGUCUACUCUGACGGGCAUGCAGCUGGCGGCGACAGAGAAACCAAAGGCGUUCGUGUUCGUCUCUUCGACGUCGGCCAUAGACUCGGAGCAUUAUGUUCGCUUGUCAGACGCACAAUCAGGCCGACCUGAUGCAGGAGUGCCGGAAGAUGACAACCUGGAAGGAGCAAGGUCAUCAUUGAAGACGGGUUAUGGCCAGACGAAGUGGGUUUCCGAAAAGCUGCUUUUCGACGCUAGCCAAAGAGGCUUGGCCACUAGAAUCGUUCGUCCAGGCUAUGUCGUUGGCGCCUCGGACUCUGCAGUGACAAACACUGAUGACUUCAUCUGGCGCAUGGUGAAGGGGUCUAUACAGCUCGGUUUGAUACCUGAUAUCAACAACACUGUCAACAUGGUGCCUGUGGAUCGUGUGGCGACCUGUACUGCCCUUGCUGCUGUAACUCCCUUAGACGCCUCGCUCUCCGUGUUCCAUGUUACCGCUAGACCGCUUCCCACCUUCAACCAAAUUCUGACUUCACUGGCUUCGUACGGCUACGCUGUGCAGCAGUGCGACUAUCUGGUUUGGCGGCGGCGUUUGGAGCAGCAUGUCAUGGAAGUCCAAGACAAUGCCUUGUUCCCUCUGCUGCACUUCGUCUUAGAUGAUCUACCGACGAGUACCAAGGCUCCGGAACUCAACGAUGCCAACACAAGGGCGCUGUUGACUCGCAAUGGGUGCUCGCCAAGUAUGACCGUCUCAGAGGACCUUAUGGGGAAGUACUUGGCCUGGUUAGUUGAGGUCGGGUUUUUACCAGCACCUACCGUACCGACGGCAGAGAAAAGGCUACCUACGCUGGAAAAUGGCUCCGCGACGAAAGCCGUCGGUCGCACGGGCCUCUAAUCAAGACUCUCCACGGCGAGCCUCUGCUUUCUUCAUUGCUAAAAAUGGUGGUAUCGCUACGCUGUGGACGUCAAAUGAGCGACGUCUUCCUCCUUCGCGGACGCGGUUCCAUGUCAGCUCUAUUGAGUAAAGUGGAUUAAAGUAGACUAGUGGCAUCUGUGUACGAUAUACCGAACGACAGAACAUGGUACCUGCUGAUGGUGUCGCUCCUGUGUCUUGUGUACUGGACUCUCGACUGCUAUUUAGUGCAGAUUUCAGCGCGAC